AUGCCGAAAUACAGAGAUUCUUAUUACCAAUACAAUCAUCAAAUCCAUUCAAACCAUGUUAUCUACUCAAAUUGGUUUAAUGAUAUGCCAAUCCCAAAUCCUGAUACUAACAUUUCCGCAUCCAAUAAUAACAAUUCUCUGACAAAUACAGAUAGUACUUCAACUUCAAAUAAUGGGAAUUCAAAUUUAAACAGUAAAUAUUGGGAUUUCUUCGAUACAAACGCUUUGAAUCAAGAUUUUGAUCUUUUUAACAAUAUUAUAGUGGAACCAAAUGGUAAUUUAAUAUUCAAUAAAAAAAACUUCAAUAGUAAUGCUCGUGUAACUGAACCUGACUAUAAUAACGACGAUGAUAUGAACACUUUGUCAGAUGAAACUGAUAUAAAUUGCAAUGGUAAUAAUAAUGAUCCAGAUAACUCAGAUAACGAUGUCAUAGUUGGCUCACUGUUCAACAUUGAUACCAUUGAAAGGAUUAAAACUUUUAUCAGUUCAUGGGAAUACACAAAUAACAUUUAA